UGAGGAGUUGAAUGCACGCGGUGUUUCUUCACUUCCUGGUUUAAAGAUGGCGGAUGAGAAUGAGACAGCACCGAAGCCGGAGAAAGAAGAGGAAGUAGAAGAAGACCAUGGACAUUGCAGUGAUUGCGAAAAUGAAGAGCAUCACUUUGAUGAUGGUGACAAGGUCCAGGGAGAUGACAGCGGUGCCAAGAAGAAGAAAAACAAAAAGAAGAAGAAGAAGUCUGGGGCAAAUAAAGAACCUGCAGAGGAGGAUCCGCUAGGCAAGGUAGAUGUGAACUCGCUGCCUGCUGAUAAGCUGCAGGAGAUCCAAAAGGCAAUUGAACUUUUCUCUGUAGGCCAGGGCCCUGCCAAAACCAUGGAGGAGGCAAGCCGACGCAGCUACCAGUUCUGGGACACACAGCCCGUCCCCAAGCUAGGGGAGAUGGUGACAUCACAUGGUUCCAUCGAGCCUGACAAAGACAACAUCCGGGAGGAGCCCUACAGCCUUCCUCCAGGCUUCACGUGGGAUGCCUUGGACCUGGGCAAUGCCGCUGUGCUGAAGGAGCUGUACACUCUGCUCAAUGAGAACUACGUGGAGGAUGAUGACAACAUGUUCCGCUUCGACUACUCCCCAGAGUUUCUGCUCUGGGCUCUGCGCCCCCCCGGCUGGCUGCCCCAGUGGCACUGUGGGGUGAGGGUGAACUCCAACCAGAAGCUGGUGGGCUUCAUCAGUGCCAUCCCUGCCAACAUCCGCAUCUAUGACCAAGAUAAGAAGAUGGUGGAGAUCAACUUCCUGUGCGUCCACAAGAAGCUGCGCUCCAAGCGGGUAGCGCCAGUCCUGAUCCGAGAGAUUACCAGACGGGUCAACCUGAAGGGCAUCUUCCAGGCUGUCUACACCGCUGGUGUGGUACUGCCCAAACCUGUGGGCACCUGCAGGUACUGGCAUCGCUCUCUGAACCCACGCAAGCUGAUCGAGGUGAAGUUCUCUCACCUGAGCCGGAACAUGACUAUGCAACGCACCAUGAAGCUGUACCGUCUGAAUGAGUCCCCAAAGACGUCUGGCUUGCGGCCGAUGACCAGGAAGGAUGUCCCGGCCGUGCAUCGCCUGCUCCUGGAGUACCUGAGCCAGUUCCACCUGGCCCCUGUCAUGAGCCCCGAGGAGGUGGAGCACUGGCUGCUGCCCCAGGAGAGCAUCAUCGACACCUACCUGGUCGUAACCUCUGGGGGCAAGGUGACGGACUUCCUGAGCUUCUACACGCUCCCCUCUACUAUCAUGAACCAUCCAGUGCACCGCAGCCUCAAGGCAGCCUACUCCUUCUACAACGUGCACACCACCACCACCCUGCUGGACCUGAUGUCUGACGCACUCAUUCUGGCCAAGUCGAAAGGGUUUGACGUUUUCAAUGCACUGGACCUGAUGGAGAAUAAGACUUUCCUUGAGAAGCUCAAGUUUGGCAUCGGAGAUGGGAAUCUACAGUAUUAUCUGUACAAUUGGAAGUGUCCUAGCAUGGGAUCAGAGAAGGUUGGCUUAGUACUACAGUGACAUCCAACCCCUCCCACCCCCACUGAGCGUCACAGUUAGGCCAGGAGACCACAAAACGCACUGACCACCUGACAGAUGGACCGAUGGACUUCCUGCUUCAGGAAAGAGAACCCACUGCCCAUUUUUACUUCUUGACCUUUGAACUUUGACCUGCACUACCGCUGCCAGGCAGGGAGUCGGGGGAGUUGGUCCUUCUCCAUGCUCUCUCUCUCUCCCUCCCAUAACAUGGACCUUAAGCCAUUUUAGUUACCAUCCCAACUGAAGUCUGUCAUGAUUGUACUAGAUAUCUUAUACACACACUGCACAAUUCGCCAAAUAACACACAUGUGUAACUACACAACAUACAUGUACAGUAAGACAGACAUGACAGGAAAAUUAUACUAACACAUACUGACCCAGGGGUAGGCAACUCCAGUCCUUCGGGCCUGAUUGGUGUCACAUUUUUUCUUCAUCCCUAGCAAACACAGCUGAUUGAAUCAAAUUGCAUUCUAAACUGAAAAUCGUGAUUAUUGGAGUCCGGUGUGUUAGCUGUGGCUGGGGCAAAACUGGGACACCAAGCAGGCCCUCGACUGGAAUUGCCCACCCCUGCACUAGACGCUAACAUUUUAUAUUCCUUCAUGUGUGCAAUGCGCUUUUUCAAAAGAAAUCUCUCAUCAUCCCAGAAGUACAGUGUUAGAGAGAAAAAAAUCAAAACAAUCAAAAACAUUUAAAAAGGAAGAAGAACAAAAAAAAAAAAAGAUAAGGUCAUUAAUAUCCAACGUGGACACAAGACAAGGGCUUCUGUCAAUGUUUUUCUUCUUUUGCUAUUGUGCUAUAGCGUUCUAGACUUGACUCUGUACACAGCUGACCGAGGGGUAAAUGAGGGGUUUUGUCCUUCAUCUUUUUCUUUUAUAUAUAUAUAUAUAUUUUUUUUUUGUCCCAUCUUUACUAACUGUCAUGACCCAUUCAGAAGCCCUGUUCAGAAGAAAAUACAACAAUGACCGUAUAAAUGGAACAGCUUUCAACAAGAACUUAACAAAGUGGAGUAGUUCGGACUGUUAUUUUUAAAGUUCUUUUUUUGAAAGCUGCGGCCGGGAGAGCAGUUAUUUGGAGUAGGGAAAUGGUUGGGUGGGGGCUGCUGAGACGGGGCACGGAAGGGACUGGAUACUGUUUGUGGGUAGAACACCUCUGAAAUUGAGAAUUAAAACUGUCAAGGAUUUGGGGACCUGGGCCGGGGAGGGGGCUGGGUAACACCCCAAGUAAACCUAUUUGUUUUUAUGUAGAGUGUUGGAUGGGAUGCAAACCGAAAUGAAUAACUGGUCUCAUGGUUUUAUGAUGCAGGAAAACAAAUGUGAAGAUGCAGGGGGAUUUUUGUGCAAAAUAAAAUAUAGAAGUUGCUGUGA